AUGGCGACCAGCACCGUCAUCCUCCCCGAGCCCUUCGCCAGCAUCCCGCGCUCCGAGUUCCUCUUCGGGCCCUCGCCCAUCCAGGCGCUGCCGCGCAUCUCGGCCGCGCUCGGGGGCAAGGUGGCCGUGUUCGCCAAGCGCGAGGACUGCAACUCGGGGCUGGCGUACGGCGGCAACAAGACCCGCAAGCUCGAGUACCUGGUGCCGGACGCGCUGGCGCAGGGCUGCGACACGCUCGUCUCCAUCGGCGGCGUCCAGUCCAACCACACUCGCCAGGUUGCCGCGGUGGGCGCCGCAUCGGGCCUACGAGUCGCGCUCGUCCAGGAGCAUUGGGUCGAGUGGGUGGAUGCCGGGUAUGAGACCGUCGGCAACAUUCAGCUCAGCCGACUGAUGGGCGCGGACACGCGUCUGGACCCGAGCACUUUCGGCAUUGAGCAUAAGGACACGCUCGCUAAGUUACAGGACGAGAUCCAGAGAACGGGAUCGAAGCCGUAUUAUAUUCCUGCAGGAGCAUCAGAUCACCCGCUGGGCGGGUUAGGCUUUGCGCGCUGGGCUUUUGAAGUUGCCGGUCAAGAAGAGGAGAUAGGCAUCUUCUUUGACACGAUAAUAGUAUGUGCUGUCACAGGCAGUACCAUGGCAGGCAUGGUGGCAGGGUUCAAGCUACUAGAAAAGAACGGCGGUCGAAAGCGGAGAGUGGUGGGCAUCGAUGCCAGUGCAACAGUCAAGCAGACAUUUGACCAAGUUCUGCGAAUAGCGAAGUUCACGGGCGUAAAGAUCGGACUUGACGAAGACGACAUUACGGAAGCGGACAUCAUUUUAGAUGACAGGUAUCAUGCAGGGACGUAUGGAGUACCGGAUGAGACCACUAUAGAAGCGAUCAAAUUCGGCGCUAGAACAGAGGCGUUCAUCACAGAUCCAGUGUACGAAGGAAAGAGCUUGGCUGGCAUGAUGGACAUGAUCAAAAGGGGGGAGAUACCCGAGGGCAGCAAGGUGCUGUACGCUCAUCUUGGAGGACAGUUAGCACUUAACGCAUAUUCCACGAUAUGA